AUGCGAACAGUAACCGCUGUGAAGGACUGGAACGACAGCUUCAGCCCUCGGGGAGAGGCUGAACCUCUGCAACCUAUCAGACAUGACAGUACCAGCUGGCUGCAGGCGAACUCCCAGCCAGAGGACAGCAGCCGUGUGGUUGUGUACGUGGGCGGGUUCGCGGUGGGACAAGAGCGCCAAACGGCGGUGUGCGUCGAGUCAGGGAGGUGGAAUCUGAGCCUGAGUGAUCCGAGUCACAGACCACUCAGGUCUCCCCAGAACCAAACAUGGAGUAGCAGCAUACAGUCUGGGACCAAAGAGGCGGUUGGGGAACCAUACAUCCUCUGUGUUCACCAAGCAGGCUCCUGCCAUCAGUCAGGCUUUCGCGAAGGAGAUCCAGAGCCGGAGGAAAUGGCUCCUCUGGAGGCAGAAAUCAAGGCUAGAGCUGGAGCCAUGAUCCUGACAAAUGCUCUUCACUGCAAAGGCUGCAUGCCAGCAUGGCCACCUGCGCUCAGAGUGCGCGUCCUUGAUGCAUUGGACUCCAGCUGGUGGACGCUGCGGAUAAAGGAUGAUUCUGGGCAGAGGGAGCUGAGCGAGGAGAUCACCGCUCGCCGCACCUUUUUGGGGAAGAAAUACACCAAAGUGAUUAUGAUGCACAAAGCAGGUCGGUAUCGCUUCCAUGAAGAUGUUGAAAUGGUGGAGGUUGUAGAGGCGCCUCUGUGGGGAAGCAAGGCCAGCCUUGUGCUCCUGCUGCCCUUUCAUGUGGAAAAUCUGGCCAGGCUGGACAAGCUGCUGACCCCAGAGCUGCUGUCAAAGUGGCUGGAGAGAACCGCUGUUACCGGUGUGGCCCUUUCUCUGCCCACGGCAAACAUCACCGGCUCACUCAGUCUGCAGAAACAUCUGUCUUCUCUGGGUUUGAGCGUCGCCUGGGACCAGAAGGCAGCCGACAUAUCCGGGAUGUCUGACAAGAACAAAGGGAUGCUUCACCUCAGUGGCGCCCUCCACUGGGCUUCCUGAGAGCUCGACCCCACAGCUGGUGAACAGGACGCAGAUCUAGAGGAGGAGAACAUAGAGCGACCCAAGCUGUUCUACGCCGACCAUCCGUUCAUCAUCUUUGUUAGAGAUAACACCACUGGAGCCCUGCUGCUGAUGGGCGCUUUGGACAAUGUCGAGGGAGAACUCCUACAUGAUGAAUUGUAGCAUCUCUUUCUACUUCCUGUCUUUUCUCGUUUCCUCCACCGGUCCCUCUCUGAGACAGCUUGCUGGUUUCUGAGUGCAGACAUUGUCAUUCACUGCGGCACUCUUUCACAUCACGCUGUCAUAUGCUGACACCACCAUAGUCUUUUGGCUGACUGGCACUGACACCGCCAUAUCCGACAUUUACACUGUCAUACACUCAGAGCUACACCUACACUGCAUGUAUAAAUGAUAACUCUGUACAAGACAUUACUGAAGUUGACGGAUACAGGAUAAGCCUCCAACUCAAGAGAAAAUCGAUGGCAUCUCUUUUUCUUCCAAAAUCUGCCCCCACGCAGAAACCUUCAGAGACUGAUCAAGUCAACAGACACGACAAACAGGACCACUGUAGCAAAGAACCGCCAUGCUGACAUACAGAGGAGUGCUUAAAGCAUUCAAACAGAAGCUCUCUUUGUCCAAAAAACACCAGGCCAGGAUCAGGAGUGACACCGCGGUUGCUCUGGGUUGCCAGAUACCCGGGACAGCGUCCUCUGAGGGUCAACAGGGGAAGAUUGAUUGACCACCCAAGUGCUUAUUGAUGAGCCAGAUAAUGCUAAUGACCGUAAUGCGUUACAGAGUGUGUCAACAAUAUGGAAAGGAUGGGUGAACCUUUUAAUCUUUUAAGUCCAUCGCUGAUCUAUGAUGUCAUUUUAUCACAUGAAUCGAACUUGACUGACAUUGCUUGGAUUAAAUGUAACAAAUUCAUGUUUCAGAGAAAAAAUAUUUCUCUGAAACAUUUGAGUGUAACAGAAAAGCAAAGUAAAAAGGAAUUCAAAAGGACAAAUAUAUUUUCACAGCAGUGUUUUGAGGUGUUUAGUCUGAAAACAUGAAGCAUUUGUGAAACUGGGCUUAACACCAGGACAGCCACAGGGUCAUAGCAGAAUAGCAGAUAAAGUAGCAAAACAGCUACCAGGAGACUGGAACAAAGCAUCAGUAAAUACACAGAACCUACACCUAAAACCUGAACUGAUGCUAAAACUCAAUCCAGGUCUCUCUUGUUGUUGGUGCAGCUCAGAAAGUGCACUUUAAAAGGAGAAAUCCACCAAAACAUGCUCUUAGUUCUCAGCGUGAAUAUAAAUGCUCCAAAGCGGUUGGCUACCUCUGCUUUUUCACUCAAGUCAGCAAGUCCUCGCUGUGGUUGAACACAACAAACAUCUGUUUCCAUCUACUUCAGGCCAGCUCUUUCUCCUGACCCAUCUUGAGCUUUUACCAGCGGCAAGGUGAAAAUGGAGGGUCCCCCUUAGCAUCUCUAUCAGCAAGCUAACCCUCAGUUGAGUCACGUCUAUUUUUCUUCUAAAGGCCAAGUGCUGUGCUGUAAUUGGGAUGACUGUGCUCUGAGUGCUCUUCCUGCUGUCUCACUCUUUCUUUCUUAUUUUUUAUUUUUUUUACCUCCUCAGUCAUUUGGCCUGACCGAAAGGUGAACCCAUCACAGAGGGCAAGGAGGAAGACAGGAAGUUCACAUUCCUACUUUACAUUAUGUUUUAUUUAAAAACAUGGAUUAAACAUUAAAACGGGAUUUUAUUUUUUCAUGUGAGAGGGAAACUGGUUGGUCCUGGUGUCAAGUCAUCACAGGAAAUUAAUAUUGAUAUUAAUUUACCAUAAGAAAAAACCACUAAAUAACUUCCCAUAAGCAAAAGACAAAAAGAAACAAGUAUUAAAAGCAAAACAUCUCUGAAUAUAUCUUGGAGUUGCAUCUUAAAUCACCUCAUAAUCCUGAGCAAAUCCAGAUAUAGUUUGUAAAGUGACAUGAUGUAGUUCACUGCAAGUAUCAGAUAUGUGGGCA